UCUUUCGCAAAUUAAAAACACCACCUUUUUUUCCCCUUCCGCCAUUGUUGCGAUCCGCAUUGGAGGCAUUGCGAGUGAGAGCAGGGAGGAGGAGGCGGCGGCGAUGGACCCGUGCCCGUUCGUGCGGGUGCUGGUCGGCAACCUGGCGCUCAAGAUGCCCGUGGCCUCGCGCGCCGCGGGGGCCGGCGCCGGCGUGCACCCCACCACUUCGCCGUGCUACUGCAGGAUCCGGCUCAACAAGCUGCCCUACCAGAACUCCACCGCGCCUCUGCUGCCGUCCGACGAGGAGGGGGCGGCGUCCUGCACGGGCGCCUUCGCCGCGGCGUUCCACCUCUCCAAGGCCGACCUCGACCGGGCCACGGCGAAGCCGACGAUCUUCGGGCCCCGUCGCGCUGCGCGGCUGAAGGUGGCGGUGUACGCGGGACGCCGGGGCACCACGUGCGGGGUUAACUCGGGGAGGCUGCUGGGGAAGGUGGUCAUCCCGCUCGACCUCAAGGAUGCUGUCGGGACGCCCGUCGUGUUCCACAGCGGAUGGGUCGCUAUCGGCAAGCGCCGCGGCGGACGCAAGGCGUCGCCGUCCGGCGCGGCGCAGGCGCAGCUCAACCUCACCGUCCGCGCCGAGCCCGACCCGCGGUUCGUGUUCGAGUUCGACGGCGAGCCCGAGUGCAGCCCGCAGGUGCUCCAGGUGCAGGGCACCAUGAAGCAACCCAUGUUCACCUGCAAGUUCUCCUGCCGCAGCAGCAGCGACCUCCGCUCACGGUCGGUGCAGUCUGAUCCGGAUACCGGCGGGCGCAACUGGCUGACCAGAUUCGGGUCGGACCGAGAGCGAGCGGGGAAGGAGCGGAAGGGGUGGUCCGUGACGGUGCACGACCUGUCGGGCUCGCCGGUGGCGCUGGCCUCGAUGGUGACGCCGUUCGUGGCGUCGCCCGGGUCUGACCGGGUGAGCCGCUCGAACCCGGGCGCCUGGCUCGUGCUCCGCCCCGGCGACGGCACAUGGAAGCCGUGGGGCCGGCUGGAAUGCUGGCGCGAGCGCAGCGGCACGGGAGCCGGCGGCGACAGCCUGGGGUACCGAUUCGAGCUCCUCGUCCCCGACCACAGCGGCGUGGGCGUGGGCGUGUGCGUGGCCGAGUCUAGCGUCCCUGCCUGCAAGGGCGGGCGCUUCGGCAUCGACCUGACCGCGGCGCAGCCGUUCGGGCGGAGCGGGUCCCCCGGGUGCAGCCCCCGCGGGAGCGGCGACUUGGGGCAGCACGGGCUGUGGCCAUUCGGGAGCUUCCGCGGGUUCGUGAUGUCGGCGGCGGUGCAGGGGCAGGGGCGGUGCAGCAAGCCGACUGUGGAGGUGGGGGUGGCGCACGUCGGGUGCGCGGAGGACGCGGCGGCGUUCGUGGCGCUGGCGGCGGCCGUGGACCUGAGCAUGGACGCGUGCCGGCUCUUCUCGUGCAAGCUCCGCAGGGAGCUCUCGGCGUCCCGCGGCGACCUGCUCCAAUGAAAGUUUUGUUGCGGUGAUCAACUGAGAUGGGAUUGUUCCGUACCCUUUUUUUGAGUGGUUUCAUCUCAUCUUUUCACUUGUUGUGAUUUGGAACGUCCUUUUUUAUGUGAAUUUUUUAGUGGAGUUCAGUAGGUGUUGUUGUUGUUACGUAGUAGUCUUUUAGGUGCUUUUUAAAGUCUAGAAGAAAUCAAAACCUAUGGUGAAUUUGGAGU